UAUAGUGCAACCUUUAAACAUCGUUCACCGAGGUGUUCCAAAUGAGAAUAGCGGAAGUACAACGAACAAAAAGGCAACAUCCGGUAAAAAGCUGUGUAAAUGGCAAUUUUCGAUUUUGAAAAACAGGUAUCAAAGAAAACACAGGAUGGAUAAGCAGUAUUCUGUGCAGUUCUUUUCUGAGUUUGUUGAGGCAGUACAAAGACUUUGCCGGGACUACCUCGACUUUGAUCAGGCCGUGGAGAUUGGUGGCUACCUGUCCAUCGAGAUUGACAACUUCAGGAAGGAGCGAUAUGUGCUGAGCGAGAUGCUGCAGAAAUCAGGAAACGUGAUCAGCGAGAGCUACUGCACCAAGGCAUUCAAAACACACAGCCGGUGUUGUGCUGACAAGAAUGCUUUACGUGAACGACAUUCAAAUGUUUCAGACUUUGGCAGUGACACGAACUCAAGCAGAUUCACCUGUGCGAGCGAUAGUCAGAUGUCUGGGCUUGAAACUGGCAAUACUCAAAGAUCUUUACUCCGAUCAAACCAGUUGCGGUCAGCAGUGCGAACAGACCAUGAGAGGACUAGUAGUGGUGGGGACGGAGUGUCUAGUGGGCCACUCACAGAUAGACUUGUUGUCGUGGAGAGGUCAGGUGAUUGUUGUAGUAUUGAAACGUAUUCUGAUGGUUAUGAAACACAGAAAAAGUCUGUGUCGUUGCUGUCAUCUGUACAGCGGUCGCCAAUGUCUACUGCUGCUUGUAACAACCUUGUAAGUGAUAAGUCGGGUGAAGAAAUGAGGACGACGAAGCGUGUUUCUUCAUUGUCCAGUUCAUCUCCAAGAACAUGUAAAAGAGAAAGAUUACAACAAGAUCAAGGGAAAUCAAGUUCAUUAUCCAUGCUCGAUAAUUCUGCAGCAAGUUAUUCUGAAACUUCUUACCAAACUAUUCCAUCAGACAGUGUGAGUAAAGUUGUGCCGGGCGGUUUGUUUUCCGAGCCCUGUGUUGCCUCCUCCACGGAGGAGGCUGUCCGCCUGCCGCUUGGGGCAUUGGUGAAGGAGGAGCCCGAUAGCGAGGACUGUGUGAUGGUGGGGGGGAGUAGUGAGGAGGACAGUAACCUGCUCGAUCCCGGCGAUGUCUCUGGUGAUGUCUCGUUUCUCUUGGAUCCCCUGCAGAGUGGUCAGCCGACAGCAGACGUCCAUAGUCGGUCAGCAGCCUAUACAGAGUCUCUGUCAUCUAGUCCAGCAGACAGGCCAAAGGUGGAUUCCACCAGGAAGUCCCCAAAGAAAGUUAAAACUCGCUAUACUAAUUAUAGUUGUGCAGUGUGUCGAUACUCCACGUACGAGAGGAGUAACUACAAUAGACAUCUGAAGAUCCACAGUGUGAAGUCGAGUAAAAGCGGCGAAUCGACUGUGUGCGACCAGUGUGGCAAGAAGUACAACAGCAGGUACGCCCUGCGUCUGCACAUCAAGAACAUCCACGAGCUUGUCUUCAAGUACCACUGCAAGACCUGCGGCCGAGGCUUCAACCAGACGUUCCAGUUCAGAUCACACUGUUCGAGUCACGUGAAAAUUCCAUCCAACAGGUGCUCCUUCUGUAAAGAAUACUUCCUUCCUGGGUCCUUAAAACAGCACAUGUCAGAGUGCAAGGACAAUCCCAAGUUGCAGGCUGAGAACAUCGGGACGAUGCACAGCUGUGACGAAUGUGAGGCGUCGUUCCCAUCCUUGUCCGGACUCAAGUACCACGUCACCGGAAAGCACAAGCCGCCGACGUACAAGUGUCCUGUGUGUGACAGAAUGUUUGCUUGGAGAUCCAGCCUGAAGGCACACAUGAAUUAUUCACAUGGUUACUCCAGCUGAAAAGUCACACUUGAAUUAUUCACAUGGUUACUCCAGCUGAAGAGAUGGGCUUGAAUUAUUCACAUGAUUACUCCAGCUGAAGAGAUAAGCUUGAAUUAUUCACAUGGUUACUCCAGCUGAAGAGUCACGCUUGAGUUAUUCACAUGGUUACUCCAGCUGAAGAAAUAAGCUUGAAUUAUUCACAUGAUUACUCCAGCUGAAGAGAUAGGCUUGAAUUAUUCACAUGGUUACUCCAGCCAAAGAGUUACGUUUGAAUUAUUCACAUGGUUACUCCAGCCAAAGAGUUACGUUUGAAUUAUUCACAUGGUUACUCCAGCUGAAGGGUCAUGCUUGAAUUAUUCACAUUCACAUGGUUACUCCAGCCAAAAAGUUACAUUUGAUUUAUUCACAUGGUUACUCUAGCUGAAGAGUCGCACUUGAAUUGUUCACAUGGUUACUCCAGCCAAAGAGUUACAUUUGAAAUAUUCACACGGUUACUCCAACUGAAGAGUCAUGCUUUCAGGUCUUGUGUCUUAAGGCCACCAUUGCCAGCAUAAAGUGCUGACCAGGAGGGCUACAUACAUAUAUACCACUUGCAUAUACCAUAAUAGUGGUAAAAAAUUGGUUGCCUACAGAUGUACCCUCGUAAAAUGGGGAAUAUGAAAUGAAUACCUUAAAAACACAGGCUACUGAAUAAGGAGGUCCACCCCAAAACAGCCUGCCCAGCCAGUACAAAGCUGAUUUAGGCAGGCUAUUUUAAACCUACAUGCAUAUUUAAAAUCACAAGGCCUGCAGUUUUAACUUUAAAGUUUAUAGCUAUGCCAAGAGUAUAUGAGUAUGCCAACCCAUAAAUCAUCUAGGCAUAGGUAGGUAGCUAGAUGGUUAUCAGCCUAUUUUAUAGUCUGUCUGUAUGACAGUAAAAGUAUUUAGACAAACAAAAUGAGAAUCCUAGGAGUAUUUGGGUAAUUAGAGCUGCGUGCAUUGGUGUAUUCAGUUGGAAGUAAAUUAGACUGAGAAAUCAACCAUCGGUUGAUAUUAUUGUACUGCACCUUAAGUUUACCUAUAGAAACUUGCGUUUCUCAAACAAUUGUUUGGCAAUACUGUGAUGAUUGCAUUAUGUUGACAAUGUCAUGCACAAUAUCACUUGUUUCUGGGUAUUGGACAACAAAUUUUUUGAUGAUGGGCAAAAUAUCUUGUAGAUGUUAUAAAAGUUCCAAGUGGGAUUCUUUUAUUGCUGUUUAAAUUGGAAGAUGACUUUUGGAUGCCAAUAGGACGUGAGACCAAUCUAGAAAAGACUAGAUAAUAGGCAAUAGUAUAAAUACUGGGAAAAUAAGCAUGCUUGCAUAAUACACCAUUGUAAUAAUAAUGUACAUAUGAUAUUGAACAUAAUCAGGGGUAAUGACUGGGGAUUUGGACAAACAGUUUUUACAUUUUUGCUAUAUUAAGCUGAUCAUACAUGUAGGUUUCCAGGGAAAAGGGAGACAAAAGGAUCUUCUAGGAUAAUUUGAAAUCCCCCUUCCCCAGGUUCAGAUCACACUAUAUUUCUGAUAAUGAAAGUGGAACUAUUAUGCCAUACAAAUGUUUAUGAACACUUAAUUUAUCAGGGAUUCUUUUUCUUUUUCACAUUUAUUUACACACUUAUGUAUGUAUGUAUGUAUGUAUUCAGGCUUUGUGCCAGAAAAUAAUUUGAGGGUAAUUAAUAAAACUAAAACUACAUUAGUGCUCCUACUAGGUGAUUGUGGAUUAGAAAUGUUUUAAAAUUGGACACCACAUUCCAUGUGCUUUAAUAAAAUUUAAACAAGUUCUCUUACUAUUAUCAGUUAUGUCUAAAUAUUACAUAGUUACCCAUUAAUUUCCAAGAUUUUAGAGUACAUAAUCCCCCACCACCAAUACCCUCUCUCUGGCAGCAACCCUAAUAUGUGGUAUUGGUGGUAGUUUACAACUGACUUUAAUACCUCAUACAUUGUUCUGAACACACAAACAAUAACAAAACCCUACAUCCAUCGUAAUCGUAAUUGUAUUAAACAUUUUGUAUAAAGUUUUAGCAUUAGAAGCAUUGGUUUCUUGUUAGUGAUCAACUUGUUAAUGUUUCUAUAAUUCAUGUUUGUUGAAUGUACCAAAUAAGAGACUGCUUGUUUAAUCUCUUGUUUUAAAAGUUCCAGUUGUUUAUCAGUUCCUUAUUUUGACAUACAUGUAGCUGAUUGACAAAGAACAAAGAUGUGAGUUUUCAGCUUGUUUUCUCCCUGAUUCCAUGCUUUUUUAUUUGGUGGAUUUUUGUUUAUUUGCUUAUUUGUUUAUUUGCUCGUAAGUGUAUGGGAUAAUGGGGAAACUGCACACACACACACACACACACACACACUCACUCACACGUAUGUACGCAUACACACACACACACACACACACACACACACAGACAGACAGACACACACAUAAACAAUGCUGGAGAAAAAUUCUGGCAAAAACAAUAAAGAUUUUGGGGCAAAACGAACUGGCCUGAAACCAUUUUGCCAUCAUUCUACUCACUUGUUAUCCCCGAUUUGGGCAUUUUAGUUUAAUUCGGGAGAAUAUCGGCCUGCACCCGCCCGCCCCAAAAACAAGAUGGGAACCCAUACACCUAUGUGCUUGCUUGUUUAUUUGUGGAAAUAAUUUUCACAAAGUAAAUAUCAUUUGAUCUGAAAUGAUUACAAGUAAAUUAUCUAUGGUAUAGAAUUGUCAGCUUUUUGAAGAUUAUUUCAUCUUUUAUUUAUAAAUGAGCAUCACAUAUGUGGAAGACCUACAUAUGUACAUUGUAGUCGGGGCAUAAAAACAGGGAACAUUUGCUAUUAAAAAUUGGCUUAAAACACUUUUAGCAACUAGUAUUUAACAUUGCAGAAUUGUGUAGCGACCUCUGAAACUGGCGUAGCAAAUCGUGACAUGAUACUGAACAAAAUGUUCCCUGAAAAUAUAAACAUGUUUUGGUAGCAUGUGCAAUUGGGCUAGUCAAGUAGAGUUUUUAGUAUUUGGUACCAGAUAUGCCUAAAGGUACACUCAGUUUGUCAUCAAUGUGUUUUGAAGGUCUAUAACUUGUGAAAUAACUACAUCUGUACUGGCCUCGUGGUUAGGCCAUCGGUCUACAGGCUGGUAGGUAAUGGUUUCGGAUCACAGUCGAGGCAUGGGAUUUUUAUCCAGAUACCGACUCCAAACCCUGAGUGAGUGCUCUGCAAGGCUCAAUGGGUUG